CUCACAGACGGAAAUCGAUCUGUUGCUAGCACAUCUGGAACAGGCCGUCCACCAGUUGCGCACAUUGCACCCAACAACAUACAUUCGAGACGUGGACAUCUUCAGUGCAUUGGAUAGAGAGUAUCUGCUGCGAUGGAACGAAGAGGAAGCCCCAGUGGUCAAUGAGACAUUGGUCAGUCUCUUCUUGCGUCAUGCUCGUCUUCAACCUUCUGCACCGGCAGUAUGUUCCUGGGAUCGGAACCUCACCUAUGGCGAGGUUGAUGACAUGUCCGAAAGGCUGGCCCUAGAAAUGGUGCGUAGAGGGGUCGCGCCCCAGGAUACAGUUGCAUUGUGUGUGGACAAAUCGGCAACAGCAAUAGUCGUAAUGACAGCCGUCCUGCGAACCGGUGCAAGCUUUGUCCACUUGGGUAUCAAAAACCCAGUCCAGCGCCAGUCGGCUAUUCUCGACGCCUGCCAGGCUACUGUCAACGUCUCUCUAUUGAUUGUAGACGAGCAGAACAAAGAGCGUCUUGCUGAACAUAAGUCCCGCGAAUCACUACCGGGGCUCCUUGUCGAUGAGCAAUUCAUUGCCUCACUCCCCCCUGCAACAGAGGCUACAUUCCCAUUACCUACUCCCGAGCCUCAUUAUGCUGCCUCAUUUACAUUUACUUCUGGAUCCACUGGUACCCCCAAGGGCAUUAUCCUCGAGCAUGGCUCAGUGGCCACGAGCUGCCAAGCUAUGUCAGAUCGCUUUGGUAUUGGCCCAGGAACACGAAUCCUCCAAUUUGCUUCCUACACAUUCGAUGCUAGUGUAGGAGACAUCUUCUAUGCUCUUGCUCGCGGUGCAUGCGUCUGCUCGCCAUCCGAGCAAGAAAGAGUUGACAACCUGGCCGAAGCAGCUCGGAAAUUGCAGAUCAAUUGGGCAUUCUUGACGCCGUCUGUACUUUCGUUGUUGGACCCUAGUGACAUACCUUCGCUGCGCCGGCUCCUACUCGGCGGCGAGAAGCCUUCGCCGAAACACGUUGCACAUUGGGCGAAGAGUGUGUCCCUACAUCUUGUCAUGGGUCCUUCCGAGUGCGCCAUCUACUGUGCCGGCAGUGAAGCCAUAAAGCCCGGCCAGCCACCCUCUACCUUCGGAACGGCAGCAGGCUGUCGAAUGUGGGUAGUUGAUCCUCGAGAUCAUACCAGAUUGGCGCCCAUCGGAUGCCCAGGCGAGUUGGUCGUCGAGGGCCGCACCGUAGCUAGAGGAUACCUACAUAAUCCGGAGCGUACACGCCUCGCCUUCCUUGGAGAGAAAGACGCUCCAUGGCUCCCUCCACGACCUGCUAAUGCCGCACCACGUCGCCUGUACAAAGCUGGGGAUUUGGUACGCCUUGAAGCACACGAUGCCACAUUCACCUUCAUUGCUCGUAAAGAUAACCAAGUCAAGCUUCACGGCCAGCGAGUUGAGCUCGAUGAAAUUGAGUACCAUAUCAAAGACGCUGUCUGUGAUAUUGACAGUGCCUGUGUAGUCCUCAACACAAACAAUGCUCCAGGACACAGGAGUAGACAUCCCCUCAUUGUAUUUUUGGUGUUUGUCAGGACCUCCAAUGCUGUCGAUAAUGUGGAACAUGAGGGUUCUACCUUGUCACUAACCCCCAACGGAACAUGUUUACUACGAAAAGCGAAAGAGCACCUCUCUGUCGCGUUACCUGCUUAUAUGGUUCCUACGCUAUACGUCCCGAUUCACCAUGUACCUUUCACUGCCAAUGGCAAGCGGGAUAUUGCCAGGCUACGCCAAAUCGCAUCUGACUUGACCCAGGACGAACUACAGGCUUUCUCCUUGACGGAGCCGAAGUCUAAUAAAGUUUUAAGUAGGUCACUAACUCCUCAGGAGGAGCAACUCAGAGACCUUUGGGUUGAUGUGCUCGAGCUCGAUCCAUCAAACCUCGGACCGGACAGUGACUUCAUUCGACAAGGUGGCGAUUCCUUGACUGCGAUGCACUUGGUGACGGCCGCGACGAGAAAGGGAUUUCAUUUGCCAGUGUCAACUACUAUGACGCAUCCUCGCUUGUCCGACAUGGCGUCACAGAUGACUCUCCUGGAAUCACAAGCGCAAGAUGCAUCUCCAGAUCCAUUCUCCCUUCUACGAUCAUCAUCAGACAUUGCAACCCUCAAGGCACGCUGUGCUGAGGCAUGCAAAGUGGACUUGGAUCAGAUAGAAGAUAUCUACCCCACCACUCCUGUACAGGACAUGCUCGUAAAUGCAGGUCGCAUGCGCCCGGGCACUUACAUCUUGACCAUGACCUUCCAGCCACCGCCAACAGUGCCACUUGAUGUAUUCAUGGCAGGCUGGGACCGGGUCGUGCGAUCAGCAGAUAUCCUUCGGACACGCAUUGUCGCCGAUCCUGAUGCAGGAAGGCUCCAGGUGCUGAUGAAAUCUCUUGAAUGGGACUUUUAUGAUACAGAGGAGGACUUCAAAGCUCGCAACGACCACGUAGAGAUGGACUUCGGCACUCGGUUGGCGCGGUUGGGCAUAAUUCGUAAAGGACCUUCGGGUAACUUUGUUUUCGUAUUCGGGGGUCAUCACGCGCUUUAUGAUUCAUUCAUGCUUUCUAUGAUCUUCGAGCGCGUUGCUCAGUAUUGCAAAAUGGGAAAAUUCGAUUCACUCUCGCCUUUCAAGAACUACGUCGCAUACAUCAACAAACUACCUCUUCAGCCCUCCAUGGAGUUCUGGAAAACCACAUUAGAAGGCAGCCCCACCCCAUCAUGGCCACCCGUCCCCGAAGGCCCUGACGCCACCAACUCGAUCAUCAACCAAUUCGUCCCCGUCACAGCACGACCCGCAGAAUUCACAUUCGCCAUCAUCGCGCAAGCAGCCUUCAGUCUCCUCUUCGCCGCCUACUCUGGCUCAGAUGACGUAACGUUUGGCAUGACGUUCUCCGGCCGCGAUACGCCCCUCCAUUCCAUUAUCAGCACCGCUGGUCCCACAAUCUACUCCAUGCCCUUCCGCAGCCGCGUCAACCGCACCACAACAAUCGGAACCUUCUUCGACGCCGUGCGCCAGGCCAAUCUCGGUACCGUCCAGCAUGGCCAUAUCGGCAUACCCCAGAUUAGACAGGCGAGCUCGGAUGCUGCUCAGGCAUGCACUUUCAGAGCGCUCUUCGCCGUCCAGCCACGACAUCUCGCGAUCCCGAGUGACGUCUUCGGCGAGCGGCUUUCGUUCCACGAGGAGAUGGGUAGACUGGCUUUGAUCUUCGAAUGCGUCACCGUAGAGGGCGGUGUAGAUCUCGUCGUUGAGUUCAAGAACGCGAGCUUGAAAAAGCCCGAGACGGAGGUUUUCGUCAACCAGUUUGGCUCGCUGCUACAGAGGCUUGUGGCGCUGCCGCUGGGCACGUUGAUGAGCGAUGUUGUUGUACUAUAGAACGAAGGAAGUCAUUUAGCUUAAAAUAGG